AUGGCUGAUCUGGAAUCCGACGAGCACAGGGCUCAUCUCGGGCUGCGCGGACAUGCGAACACGGUUCUCCCAAUGAAAAGUGAAAAGCUAUCGUGUCUGUUAUCGAGUCAUCCUCAUCAUAACUCCAACGAACCGGUGACCAAGCUCCAUUGGCCAAGUGGCUCGUACCGGAGUGAGCCUGGUAUGCUCAACGCGGUGCAUGGAAUUGCACAGUACAAGCCACAGGUGGACGGCCACGUCCCAGAGAUGAUCUGGCUCCAUCAAGUUGAAGAGACAUCCACAGAAAAACUCAGAAGGGAGUUAGAUAUUGACGACCCUGUACGACGCAGUCGCAUGUUGAACAUCCACGUAUCUUGGAAACUUCAGCCGAUCACGAAGCUGAGCGAGAAAGAGUUUAGGCGCGCGUGGUGGGUAGUGAUAAUCUACCAUCGUAUCCUCUGGAUCAGCGGUGUCCGUCAGUGUGACGUCAACCCCAGCAAUCUCAUGGUUUACCGGUCCAUGAGCGGUUCAAUGAUGGGUGUUAUCAACGACUGGGACUUGACAUCGCCUGAAAAUGGGUCCGGCAGCCACGAGCGCACAGGAAUGAUACCAUUCAUGGCGGUGGACCUUCUUACAAAGAAAGCCAUCAAAGGCAAAGCGGAGCACAUGUACCAGUACAUCGCUGAAUCGUUCAUGUGGGUCCUCAUCUGGGUCUGUCUUCAGUAUGAGGACGGAAAGCUCCUGAGCAAGGACAGACCACUCGAUUGCUGGCUCACAGGGGAUGCUUUUAGUUGCCGGGAGAUUAAACGCAGCUCCUUAAAGUUAGCAAUGGAAAACAGAAUAAGAGCCCCUCUGCCGCCCAAACCUUUUUUGGAACUCGAUCUAUUUCUCCUUACCUUGAUCGCCUCGUUUUAUGUGGAGGAUCGUAACUUUUCCGUAUUGGAAAGGGGAUGUAUGUUUCGGACAUGGUUCGAGACGCAGUUACCAUUGUCAAUGCGGUCUAUUACCCACUCGUCAACUAGUGUGAAAUAG